CUGCGAGAGUUUUGCAGAGUCAUGUUGGUGCAGAAAUUCCUCCCUACCUUCAGACGCCUUUAUUUUACAACGUGAAGAAUGACACAGAUCUGCAGGUUUCCUUACUGGACGGACAGCAAAGCCAGCGACAAGGGAAGACCUCCUGCGGUUGGACAAGUCGUGCGUAAAAGCAGUGUCUGUAUUCUCAUGUGAUAUCGAGUUUAACAGCUGUCGUUUAGGAGUUGCUUUUAGGAUAAGCAUCACAACAGACGCGGUUUAAAAGAAAUCCCUGCCAGGAUACAUCUGAUUGUGCAGUUACACACAUUUGCCAAACACUUCCUCUUCUCCUGUGGAACACUUAAUUGCAGAGGACUCUGAAAUGUCAGAAUGGAUUACUUUCAAAACCCUGAAAUCUGUAAAAUCUGGACCAGCAGCAAUUUAAUGGUCGUGGUUUAACUCGUGCUUUGGGAACUGUGUUAACCUGAUUCAAUCACAAUCAAUCAUGUUGGAGCCUGGAUCUGUGCAUGAGGCACCAGUCUAUAAAAUGCAUUGCCCUAUGAGGAAGAAACGUCCCACACGUGACUCUGAUUUCUCAGCUAUUGCGGUUCCCUCGAUGCAUGGGUCUGGGUAUCUUGACUACACGGUCGAGACCCACGCUUCCAGAUGCUUCAAGGUCAUGGAGGAAUUCAGACGGCAGGAGAUGUUGUGUGACCUGGUGCUACAUGUCACAUACAAGGACAGGACAGUGGACUUCAAGGUCCACAAGGUGGUACUGGCCUCCUGUAGCCCUUACUUCAGAGCCAUGUUCACCAGCAGCUUCAAGGAGUGUAGCGCCUCGGAGGUCACCCUGCCCGAUGUCUGCCCCCAGGUGGUGGGAAGACUUAUUGACUUUGCCUACACCUCCCACAUCACAGUGGGAGAGAAGUGUGUGUUGCACGUUCUUUUGGCUGCUAUGAGGUAUCAGAUGGAGGACGUGGCCAAGGCAUGCUGUGAUUUCCUCACUAAGCACCUGGAGCCUGCUAAUGUCAUCGGCAUCGCUCGCUUUGCUGAGGAGAUCGGCUGCUCAGAGCUGCACAAGCGCAGUCGAGAGUAUAUCAAUACGCACUUCAAUGAGGUGACAAAAGAAGAUGAGUUCUUCAGCCUCUCUCACUGCCAGCUGCUUGAGCUCAUCAGUCAGGACAGUCUCAAGGUGCUCUGUGAGUCUGAGGUGUAUAAAGCCUGUACAGACUGGGUCCGCUGGGAUAUGGAGGGUAGAGCCCAGUACCUACAUGCCCUCCUGAAUGCGGUUCAUAUAUACGCCCUGCCUCCCAAGUUCCUAAAGAACCAGCUCCUGUCCUGCCCCAUCCUCAGCAAGGCCAAUUCCUGUAAGGACUUCCUGUCAAAAAUCUUCCAGGAUAUGACACUGAGAAAGCUGCCUCCUGCACCUAACCGUGGAACUCAACUCAUCUAUGUGGCCGGCGGAUACCAGCAGCAUUCACUGGCCUCCAUGGAGGCGUAUGAUCCCAGGAACAAUGACUGGCUAAAACUGGCUGAUAUGGGGUCUCCAUGCAGUGGUCUGGGAGCCUGCACGUUGUUUGGACUGCUCUACACUGUUGGAGGCAGGAACCUGUCGCUUCAAAACAACACAGAGUCCAGCGCCCUGUGCUGCUACAACCCGAUGACCAACCAGUGGAGCCAGCGAGCUUCCCUCAACAUCCCCAGGAACCGGGUCGGGGUGGGCGUGGUGGACGGAUGCAUCUAUGCUGUCGGAGGUUCCCAGGACUCCACUCAUCACAACACAGUGGAGAGGUGGGAUCCAGAGUCUAAUCGCUGGUCCUUUGUUUGCCCAAUGUCUGUGGCUCGCCUGGGUGCUGGAGUGGCGGCAUGUGGGGGGGCUCUGUAUGUGGUGGGGGGGUAUGAUGGGCAGAACCGCUGGAAUACUGCUGAGAAAUACCAGCCUGACACUAACACCUGGCACCAGCUGGCACCCAUGAACACUAUACGUAGUGGAUUGGGAUUGGUGUGUGUGAACUCUUACUUGUACGCAAUAGGAGGGUAUGACGGGCGGAACCAGCUGUGUUCUGUGGAGCGCUACAAUAUAGCCAGGAACCUGUGGGAGCCCAGGGCCUCCAUGCAGUACUGUCGCAGUGCACACGGAGUGACAGUCCACCAGGGAUGCAUCUUUGUCCUCGGAGGUUUUAACCAGAACGGCUUCCUGUCCAGUGUAGAGUGUUACUAUCCAGAAAGAAAUGAAUGGACGUGCGUCACUAACAUGCCUGUCGGACGCAGCGGCAUGGGCGUCGCUGUGACGAUGGAACCCUGUCCCGGCAGCCUGACAGAAGAAGAAGAAGAGGAUGAGGACGGAGCCACAUAAGAUGAGGGUGAAAUCUGUUGAAGUCUCAAGUGUUGAACACGGUUAUAAGUGGUGGUGCUUUUCAAAGCGGGGGUGCGUUAAAAACAAAAAGAUUCCAGGAAUUAAACUCUCCUUAUAAACCCACCCUCAUGGAUUUCAUUUGUAUUGCACCAUGGUGAACUGCUGAUACAGUUUGUAUUGUUAAAAAAGAAUUAUCUUUUAGGGAAACAAGAUACAGACAAACUUGUAGCAUGACAAUGAUCUCGCAAUGAACAAGGUGCUACAGAUCUAAUCUCAAAUAAUGGUACUAUUUAAUUAAAUAAUGUUAUACCACAGCACUUUUUAAUCUGUGUUAAAUUUUACGUCAACUAUGAAUGGCCUUCAGUGUUCUAAUGUCUAAGUUUUCUUUGUGUUUUAUCUCUACCUCUGAAUGUGUCUGUCUGAGCACUUUUCUUAUGUUUUCUUUAUUUUGUGCCAAUAUAGGUUGACCAAAACUGCCAAUUAUUUUUUUUUGAUUUUAUUGAUUUUGUUUGUGCAUUCACCCUAUUUUAUCUUGUGUUUCUGGAAAUAAAGUUAAUCAGACAUA